GUAAAAUGCCCGCUCUACAUUUUAAGUUUCCGACGACCUACCCCUCAAAACACUCAGCUAGCAAAAACCCUAAACCCCAUUAGUCGAGAUUAGGUUCCCUGUUAUUGCAGAGUUUGGUGUGGUGCAAAAUAAUGGGCAGGAAAACCGCCUCCAAACCACCUGGCCUUUGUUCUUUCAGUGAACAGGGAAAGUUCUUUGCCAUUGCAGACGCAAAUGGCUCUGUCAAAAUAUGGGACACACGUAAUGGAAAUCUUCAAGUGGAAUGGAAAGACUCCAAUGGCGAAGAACUUAGUUAUUGCACUUGUAUGAAAUGGGUUUUCACUAAAAAGAAGUCGCAGAGAAGACGUUUACCAGACAUACUUUCCCUUGGCACACGUGGCGGUGAUGUUCUGACCAUUGAUGUGGCCACUGGCAAGCUGAAAUGGAAAUCCACUGCAUGUCACUCAGGAGGUGUAACUGCGCUUUCCUUUGCAAAUGAAAGUCGUGCCUUGCAUAGCGCUGGUGUUGAUGGAAUGGUGUGUGAGUUGGAUUGUAAAUCAGGAGAACUUUUAGGCAAAUUUAAAGCUUCAAAAGGGUCUAUUGCUUCCAUGUCUGUUUCCCCAAAUGGAAAGCUUUUAGCUGUGGCCAGUAAAAAGAUACACCUGUUCAAUCUGGAGAAUCAAACUGAAGUUCACAAGUUCCGUGGUGGCGAUGUCCAGCAUUUGGGUUUUUCAGAAGAUGGGCAUAGUUUUUUGUCAUCGUCAUUUGGUGAUGAGCGGAUUCAAGUAUGGAAGUAUGAUGUUGAAAACAAAACUAGAUCACCUGCUGCUUCUCUAUCCAUGCAAGGGCUGCCACUAAUAGUGGAAAUAAGCAAUGCAGGUCAGGAUAGAGGGGGGCUUAGAGUUCUUUCGGUUUCGGAGAAAGGUGUUGCGUAUGUGUGGCAUGGCCAUAAUGUUUCUCAAGGGGAAUUUGCCCCCACAAUGAUUGACAUAAACUCAUUCCAAAGAAAAGGCGAUGCAGAGAUAGAGGGGAUGGAUCAUGUUUUUGCUGCCAAGUUACUUGAUCCAGAAAGCAAUUGCCAUUUGGCAGUUUGUGUUGCUUAUGGUGACUCAGCCAAGCCGCAAUUUCGUGUUUGUGAGGUGACUGAUUCUCAAAAGAUGGAAGAGGUCAAUGAAACAUUGGAUGUUCCAAACCUCAAGAAGAAAUCAAGUAAGAAGCGAACAGCAUCUGACUUCAACAGUACAGAAAAUGUUGAUAUGGGUGGCUUGGAGUUAUCUAAUGAAGAUGCUGUUCAAUGUAAUAUGAAUGAGCCAACUAUGGAGGAAAGACUUGCGAGUUUGGAUGUACAUGAGGAUGCGAAGUUGAACGACCAUACAGAACAAUUGGACUCUUCCAAUCCGGUGCUUCCGGCUGCAGAUUCAGUUAGUGUUCUACUUAGGCAAGCGCUGCACGCUGAUGAUCGUGCUUUGUUAUUAGAAUGCUUGAAUACACCGGAUGAAAAGGUUAUAGGGAACACAGUUUCUAUGUUGAAUCCAUCAGAAGUCCUCAAGCUUUUCAAUAGCAUCUUACCUAUGUUUGAUUCACGGGGUACGAUAAUUGUCUGCAUCAUUCGAUGGAUUCGAUGUUUGCUUCUUAAACGAUCAAGCUGCAUACUGUCUCAAGAUUGCUCAGUAUAUGUUCUCAAUUCACUUUACCAGGUGAAUUGUCCUCCAUACUCUUCGCCUGUUGAUGCACUUUUAGUCAUGGCAAUUGUGUUUCAUUUGCAGCUCAUAGAGUCGAGGAUAUCUACCUUCAAAUCAGGACUUCAACUAUUAGGCACCUUGGACCUUCUGUCUUUAGAGAUUCCUGGUGAAGACGCUGAAGCUCCGGCAAUUAUUCCUGCAAUUUACGAGGAUAAGGAUGACAGUGAUGGUGAGUUGACUGAUGCAAUGGAAACUAGUAAAGAAGAGGAAGUGAUGACAACUCGUGUUUAUGAAGAAAGUGAUGAUAAUAUUGAAGAUUAACUAGAAGUAAUGUUGAAGAGGGAGAAAUUCAAGUUGAUUCUGGUAAGGAAACCCGGUUGAAGCUUGCGCUUUUGAUAGCAAGCAAUGUGGCCGUUCACUUGCUGCAUGUUAGUAGUAUUGUUGUCAUAGCAGGUCUAAGGUUUGGUAUGGGUUUGUUUCCAAAUUAGUAAAAAUUUGUUCUCAUUUGUUUGUAAUUUGAAUGCCAUGUGGCAUGAAAAUUUUGAAGGAAAUUUGGCCUUGAAAGAAUCCUUUGGGUAGGCCUGCAAGUGGAUGUGUUUAAAAUGCCCGACAUUGCUGGGUAUGUGUUUAAAAUGCCCUUGGGCUGGGAAGGCCAAAAUUUAGGCCAAAAAAUUUGAGCCCGUACGAAUGGCAGGCUGGGCCGGGGCCUAGGUUUUGAAGGGUUUAACACAAUAUGGAAUGUUGACCCUUAUCUUGCAUUAUGUACAAUAUUACUUGAAUAUUUAACUUUUCA